AUGGUAAGUGGAACAGGCCCAGCACCGAAUCAGGCCGACACUGUAGCAUUCUCGCGCGGCCUGUGGUCAGAGACCGUAAACCACAGCGAGGACCCUUGGACGGAAGUUGUGGCGAAAUCAAUUAAGAAUGACUUGCAAGAACAGCAUAACGAUAUACAAGCCAAUGACAACUCAAUACUUCAGAUAGGUAUCACAGACAACGAAGAACCAGAUACAGAAAAUUUAGAUUUAAAUGCUGAAAACCACACAACAAAUGAAAAUGAAAAUUUACAUAGGGAAAAGAUAAUUGCCAUAGAUGAAAUGUUUGCUAAAGCUUUAGAAUAUUUUGCUAAUACAAACCCAACAGAAAGACAGUUUAUACCAAAGCAGAGGUCAUCAAAGAAAUUGAGUAAAAUAGUUGACUAUGUAAACAAUAUUUUAUUGCCACAAUAUAUCAACAGCGAAAUUGAAUUUAAAACAUUUCAGAAUUUAGUGUACUGUGCAGCAUGGACUUCAGCUAAGCUCAACGGAGCUAAAAUUGAAAUAGCUAUACAAGUUGAUAAUCCGUUAGGACCUGAGAAACAAAAGAAAUAUAAUAAGCCAAAGUGGGAACAAAGAUUAGAAAACAAAGGUCUUUCUAAGACCCCAUGCGACGAACGACGUUACAAAAAAAAGCGCGACUAA